UUUGCUCUUGACAUCUGACAAAUGACAGUAUUUUCUACUAGUCCUAAAAAAUUGGGAUAAACAAUUUUGCGAACUAGUUUUGUUAUCGGCGUCACUAAGUUGUUUUAGGACUUUUACAUAAUUAGCAUAAAUAAUAUAUAUGUGAGAUUUUCCGUUGCAGAUGAAUCAGUUGUAGUCUAAAGUAUUCGGUGUUCGAAACCAUUUACCGAUCCACUGACAUGGGAACAACUGUUAGAAUUAGAUAGAUGUGCAAGGAAAGUGAUUUUUGAGUGAAUACAAUGUGUUCUAGGGCGGUCACAUCGUUUUUUAGCCAAUGGAGGCUUUGGAUUCGACCUUUAUUUAUUACCAGUUAUGUUAUACUCGUAAUAGUGCUAGUGCCCCUGUUGAUAAUUCAUUCACUUCAAAAUGGCUUCACGAAAUCUGAUCAAGGCACCCUUAUCGCUGGCGGUUUCGUGCUCUUGGCGGUGCCGAUAUCUAUAUGGCAGAUCACUCAACACAUUGUACACUACACUAAGCCAUCAUUACAGAAACACAUCAUCAGGAUAUUAUGGAUGGUACCUAUAUAUGCCCUUAACGCAUGGAUAGGCUUAGAGUUCCCCGAGCAAUCAAUCUACAUGGAUUCUCUGAGAGAGUGUUAUGAGGCCUAUGUCAUUUACAACUUUAUGAAGUACUUGCUGAAUUACCUGAAUGAGGAUCAGGACCUGGAAGCUGUGUUGGAGACAAAGCCCCAAGUAAACCACUUAUUUCCUCUAUGCUGUAUGGCUCCAUGGGAAAUGGGCCGUGAAUUUGUUCAUAACUGCAAGCAUGGUAUACUCCAGUAUACAUUAGUUAGGCCUUUGACCACUGUCAUAUCUAUGAUAUGUGACCUUUGUGGAGUGUACGGGGAGAGUGACUUUAGCCCCGAUGUGGCCUUCCCAUACAUGAUAGCCAUCAAUAAUCUCUCCCAGUUUGUUGCCAUGUACUGCCUGGUACUGUUCUAUCAGGCGAACAAGACUGAAUUGAAACCUAUGAAGCCUAUUGGAAAGUUCUUAUGUAUUAAAGCUGUUGUGUUUUUCUCUUUCUUCCAAGGAGUGAUAAUCAAUAUUUUGGUAUUUUGCGGAGUGAUAUCAACUAUAUUUGAUAUAGACAAGACUGAUAAGGACAAGAUAAAAAUCAUAUCUUCCAAACUGCAGGACUUCCUCAUAUGUAUCGAGAUGUUCCUGGCCGCUAUAGCACACCACUACAGCUUCUCGUACCGGCCGUUCGUGACGUCACACGACGAGUCCACGUCCUGCCUCGGCUCCUUCCUCGCCAUGUGGGACGUGUCCGACGUCAAGAGAGACAUCUCUGAGCAUCUCGGAGUCGUUGGGAGUUCCUUCAGUAGAAGGUUGCGUGGUAAAUCAAUGUAUCACAUGGCGAGAGGGUACGACGAGAGCACCCGGCUCGUCACGGAGCCUGCGCCCUCCAGCUCCGCGCCCAAUCUCACUAUAGAGCCUACGGAACCUCCCUCUGUGGAGAUUCGACCCUCUGUGUACGGCUCCCUAGAGAACACUAUGACGUCAGCAUCUAUGAACUCGGAAACCGAACCGUUACUGGACCACUCUGAGGAGACGAGUGAUCCAAAAGUUUAAAGGUAUGCAAUUCACGAUAUACACUGUGCUAGUUUCACUGUCAGUAAGCCGACCCGACAUUUAUUAGUCCAAUACAAGAAACCUCUUAGCAAUAUUAAAAUUGACCUCAAGCUAAUUCAUACGCUAGUGAAAACAAAAAUUUUAAUUCAUGAAAAAAUUAAACAUAUUGAUUAAUUCUGUUUCGUCUUCAAAACUAGGUCAAAUGACCUCAAAGGUACCGACUUGUUUGUUACAAUCAUAAAUCCUUCAAUUUUACUUUUUUUUAAGUUUUUUUUUUAUAAUAAUAUACAUUGGGUACAUUAUGUAAGAUUGCGGUUUAAGACAAAGGAAACUUCACGGUGUUUAGUGAUUGUGAUCCAAAUAUCACGUAAAGUUUUGCGAAUUAUGAUUUUCGACUAUGCUGCGAAUCUUAUGGAUUAUUUUGUUACAAAAAAAAGAAAGCUCUUACAACUUAUUCCAUUUUUGUGAUAUAUUAUUGACAGUGUUUUAUUAAUAAUUUUAACAACACUUUUACUUGUAUUAUUUUGAUUAUAACAAAAAUGGAAUUUCGCUAAAUGUACAUUUAUCAGAAUAAAUGACUAAAUAUAAAUAAUUAUGAUUGUUACAGUCUUGAUAUAUGAAUAAUUAAAUAUCUAUUUUCAACCUCCUCAAUAAUAUAAUAAGUGUAUAAAUUGAACAGUAUAUAGAAAGUAAGAAGAAAAUUUAUGUAAAAAAUACACAUCACAUAGAGAAACUAAAUAAAAUACAGCAAAAUCAUCAUAAUAGUAUACUGAUUUAUCUUAUAAAUGUAAUAGUUUUAUAUAUUAAUAUAACAAUUGUUUGCAAAUAUGUAUUCACACAUCAUAAUUGCACCUCAAACGUCAUAUUGAUGAGACUCUUUUAUAUACUCAGAGGCAUAAUUAUCCGCCCACUUUAAUAUACUCUCGUCAUAUCAAAGAGGGCGGAUAAUUGUGCCUCUGAGUAUAUAUCUUUUAGAUAUAUCUUACUUACCCCUAUAACAGUUGCUAAUAAAAAUCUAAUAUAGAUACUGAAAUUAUGUACAUAUUUAUGAAAUAUGAAGCAAUAUUAUUGUUAAAAUUACUUCUUUUUGUAUAAUCUUUUUUUUUUGUAGAAUUGGUAUUCUGACAAAUAUCAGUACGUCAAAGACGUGAACUUGUUUUUCUGUAAAAUACUAAAUAUAUAGAUACAACCUAUCAAGUAAAACUAAAUCUUUAAAAAAAUAUCCAAAUCGUCCCACCCGUUUCCGAAAUACACAUUUACAAUACUCGAAUUGAGAACUUCCUCGUUUUUUUCAAGCCGUUAAAAAACUAGUGGUCCAUGUAUUCAUUGAGAUACAUAUAAAAUAAUUAAAAUUGACAGUGUACUACUAAAGUUAAGCUGAGUGUUAAGAUCUGUAAAAGAAAACUUAGAUUAUAAUUGUGAUGAUUUAACUAAAACUAAAGUGCAAUGUGUUGCAUUUGAAUUUGUUAUAAUAUAUGAAUUGAUGUAUUAUAUUUUUAUACAGGAUGCUCGGGAGUAUUUCCCAUACCUCCAUGGUUAUAUUCUCUAAGAAAAAUUAAUGAAAAAUGUCUAAGGAACAUGUAUCCUAAGAUAAAUAUUUUUGGAGUAAAAAUAUUUCUUUUGUAAAUAGAUCUUAAAUUCCAUAAAUCGAAUCCUUAUAUUAUGACUUAGCCAUACUUAUUCAUUGAUAAAUAUCAUGAAGUAGCUUACAAGUGAAGUGCAGAGUGCCAGUUGCAAAAUCUCGUCGAUAUCGACAGUCUUACCACUUCGAUUACGUAUUUUAAAAUGCAAGGAUAGCUAAAGGCGUGUGUAACAUGGAUAUUCGUAAUUAUUUGAAUUACUUUGUAUGACAACAUAAAAAAGGUUUUUUUAGUUAAGCAAUUCGGCUUCAAUAAGUGGACUUGUCAACAUCUUGAAGUUAUGGGAAAUACUCUCGAGCACCCUGUAUAGCUAGGUCCAUAAUCAAUGGUUUGUUUUUCUAUAGUUUAUAAUGUGGUCAUAAUAAGAAUUGUAUUAUGGAAAGCUUUUAUAGUUUUAACAUAAAAUACAUAUUAACUAAUGACUAUGCAAUUUUUAUCACAUCACAAUAGGUACAUCACUAUUCUAGGGCUUUAUAUUAUGCACUAUUAUACAAGUACAAGUCACAAAAUUUAAUGGAAAUCAAAUUACAGUACAAUAAUUGCUAAGCAAAAUUCUGAAUUAUAAUUAAUAUCAGACUUAUAAUUUAUAAUAUUAAAUGCUAAAUAUGUACUUAUAAACUAUGUAAAUAUAAUUUUUUUGUUAUGAACUCAUUAUUCGAGUUUCAGUUCAUAUAAUGAAGCAUAUUAAUUCAAAAUGUAAUCGUGAAAAUUAUAUUACACGAGAUAAAUUCUUCGUUAUUCAAUUAGUUGACCAAUAUGGCUUUGGAUUUAGAAGUCCUGGGUCGGUGAAUCACUUCAGUUUGAUUGAAGUUAGAAGAGAAUCAUUAGAAUUGUUCAGUUUUACACAUGGUACCACAACGCAAAAUCGCUUGGCGGUAAGCUUUUUGCCCGCAGGGUGGUAACUAGCCACGGCCGAAGCCUCAAUCGACCCAACCGGGGUUCGAACCCAGGAAUUACGUCUUGUAAAUCAACUGCGCCAUGGAGGCCAUGAAAGCCUAUAAUCAUAAUUUAGUUUUCUUUAGCCAAUAUUUGUAUUAAAGUCAUUAAAACUGUUUGUUUAAUUAGGCAAGUACCUAGUGUGAAAAAUGGCUUCCCAGCUCCUAUAUUAUUCCUCGAAGCAAUGUAAAAGUAGUUUGUGUAUAAUUUAGUGUCAGAUAUAAGUUUGUGUAUGUAUAUAUUGUUGUCGUCUCUGUAAAGGUAUUGAUGCUAGAAUUGUGAUAUUCGUUUAUUUUAUUAUAUUGAUACUGAUUGUAAUAUUUGUUAAGUUUCUUGAAUAUAUGAUAUUUCUCUAUAA